CCUGCGCGAAGCUCAGACAUGCUCAGUACGAAGCUCACGCGCAGACAUGGCAGAAGAAGCUCCCGCAGCUGCACCGGCAAAAGCCCCGGCCAAGGCUCCCAAGAAGAAAUCCGCUCCCCGGGCUAAGAAGGAGGGACCCAGCCUCCCUAAGCUCAUCGUCGCUUCCGUGACAGAGUCGAAGGAGCGCAAGGGCACGUCGCUAGCGGCCAUAAAGAAGUACCUGACCGCCAAAAAUGUGGACGUACCCAAGGCCAACAAGCGUAUCAACACCGCCGUCGCCAAGCUGGUGGAGAAAGGCAUCCUCAGUCAGGUGAAGGGUACCGGGGCUUCCGGUUCCUUCAAGCUUGCUAAGAAAGAACCUAAGGUCGCGAAACCAGCGAAGAAGAAGGCUGCCAAGCCCGCGAAGAAGGCUCCCGCCAAAGCCAAGAAGCCCGCGGUGAAGAAAGUGGCCACCCCGAAGAAGUCUCCGGCCAAGAAGGCUGCGAAGAAAGUGGUGAAGAAGAGCCCGAAGAAGGCUGCUCCCAAGAAGCCCAAGACUGCAGCCAAGAAGCCCAAAUCCCCCGCUAAGAAGGCCGCUCCGAAAAAGCCCAAAGCCGCAAAGAAGCCGGCAAAGAAAACUGCGCCAAAGAAGGCCAAGAAGUAAAAACUCCUCCCGCACUGAGUGCAUCAAAGGCUCUUUUCAGAGCCACCACAGCCUCCGCUACGAGCUCCUCAUUGUGUGUGUGUGUGUGUGUGUGCGCGUGUGAGUGAGAGUGUGUGAAAGACUAUGCCACGGAGACGCAGGCUGCACACUCAGCUUUACGCUUCAUGCUCACCUGUGUCUCCACAUGCAGAGUAAGUUAUGGAGACUGAGCUGGUUCAGCCCACUGAAGGGGAAAAUACAUGUUGAAUUGUCAGAACAUUAGAAACAUUCGUAUGAGUUUCAGCCUUACGUCAGUAAAUACAACCGGAUAAUUGACUUGGCAGUGAUUCAUCAACGAUACUUUAAGAUAUGACACCUGAAUUAUUUCCCAGUCAGUGCUGCAAAUAUUUCCAGUUUGUUCUGGUGCUGAUGACAGGAGCUAAUGAGCGCACUGAAGCUGUGGAUGACUUUCUUUUCUUGGUUUAUUACCUGCUGUUGUUGACGGUGUACGAUAUGGGGAGUACGCUACUGAUUUUUAUUGUUUCAAGUUAAAUUUGAAUUAGCCCCGCCCCUAUCUCAAAGACCUCUGUAGACUUCACAUCGACUAUAAGCACUGUGCAAUAACCCAUACUGUACAUAUAUGUAACACUACUUAUGUAUUUUUAUUUUUCCAGAUUUGUGUUACAAUCUAAUAUUUUUGAAUACUGUUCAUAUGUGUAAAGUGCUGCUGAAGCUGUGCAGCCCCGCAUCUGUGCAGUAGUAGGCGGCGCUGUCUCAGUGAACAUCUGUGUGGUAACAAUAAAGGCAUUCUGUUCUCUC